AUGUCGACGAAUCAACAGCAAAAGCAAGCGAGGAGGCGUUUACGACAACUAGGCAAAGUCCUAUCCGAAGCACAAAGCGGCUGGUCCGAUUCCGAGGAAGACGAUCUCAUUCAUGAGGUCAACGUCAAAUCGGUGCGCAUCGGCGACGUUGUCAUGCCCAUUGUUCCUCCCUCCAACCCAGAACUUGUACCUGAACUCGAGGGACCAUUCUAUCAAGAAUCACAGGAAAUAUUACGACAUUUAAGAUGGAUGAUGCAAAAGGAUAAGCUUGGCCAAGAUAUCUUUUUGAUCGGUCCUCCUGGUCCUCUUCGUAGACAAUUGGUGAUGAAAUAUGCCGAGAUGACACAAAGAGAGAUUGAAUACGUAGCGUUAUCCAAAGAUGUCACCGAUGCAGAUCUCAAGCAACGUCGAGAACUUCAAAAUGGCACUUCUUUCUAUGUGGAUCAAGCUGCCGUGCGUGCUGCUAUCAAUGGUCGAAUCCUUGUAUUGGAUGGUAUUGAGAAGGCCGAACGCAACGUGCUCCCUAUCUUGAACAACCUUUUGGAGAACCGUGAGAUGGGAUUGGAUGAUGGACGUUUCCUUACGACCAAGGAUGUUGAAAAAGUGGAUGGAUACUCCAAGUUUGAUAAAGUCAGUGAUCGAUUCCUUGUCUUUGCUCUUGGUUUGCCUGUACCGCCUUAUAUUGGUUAUCCUUUGGAUCCUCCAUUGCGAUCUCGUUUUCAAUCUCGUGAUAUUCGUGCACCCAGCUUCAACACUCAAGUAAACCAGAUCAUGGCAUUGACUGACAACAAAGCGAAUCGUCAACUUGUUGAGCGUCUCGUUUCUAUCAGCUUGGUUUUGUGUAUUCAACGUGACAAGAGCGCAAGCCGCGAGAUCGAAGUACCUGAAUUCCCAAUGACAGUGGAAACCUUGUCAGCACUCUUAUCUUCAUUACCUGAUAUCCAUCCACGCUUCCUUGUUGAUCUUCUUUAUCCAUACCCCCUUCUUCCAACAUGCGAUUUGGAACAGCUUGGUGUUAUUGAAUCAGCCUAUCGACGAUUUGGUGUGCGAGGUCGUAUUGUGGAAGCUCAUGAAGAAGUGAACCAAACAUUCUCAGGAUACGAGCUUCGAAAUAUUGAUCCACAUCGUCCAACGGUGUCUGUGGAUGAGAGCGCCUAUGUUCAUCGUGCCAUUGCAACCUUUUCUCACGUGGAUAAGAUGCCCGUUGGUCUUUCUAUUGCAUGUGGGCCCAAUCCUUUCAGCCCUGCCGAAUUCUUUGUUGAAACGCCUUAUCAUCGUGACAUUUUUACAUCCAUGAUGCUGGUGCACGCUGGUGGAAACGAUAUUUGCUUGAUUGGCACACACAAGGGUGUAGGAAAAUCUGCAUUGGUUCGACACUUUGCUCGCAAUCUUGGUUAUACAAUUGAUUAUAUCCCUCUAUACCGUGACAUGUCUUCGCGUGAUCUGCUUCAGCGACGAUCCACCACACCCACUGGUGACACCGUUUGGGAUAAUUCCCUUUUAGUUGAAGCUGCUAUUCGUGGCCACUUGGCUGUGCUUGAUGACAUUGAGGCGUUAUCAUAUGGAACCUUGAACACACUUCAGCGCUUAGUCAAUGAACGAGAAACCCAGCUCCCUGAUGGAACACGUUUGAUCAGCUCUCAUCGUUAUGAAAAGUUGAUGAAAAAGAACAAGUUUACCAUUGAUGAUAUGGAUGCCAAGCGCUUGAUUCCCAUCCAUCCCUCGUUUAGAAUCAUUGCUCUUGCUCGUGCUGGUGUGAGUGGCCAAAGCGAUGCCAAGGCUGGGGCGUGGUUGACUGCCGAGAUUUUAUCCAUGUUCCAUUUUGUUGUUGUUGACAGCCUUCCAUCCGAGGAAGAACAACAAGUACUCAAGAUGCUCUCACCUGGUGUGAAUGAAGAUAAGCUAAGACAGCUGUUGAUGUUUGCCAGACGCCUACGCCGUGAUAAGGAUGAGACUAUUCGCAUGCUAUCGAGUGCCUUGUCAACACGUCAGCUUAUUCGCAUUUGCCGCCAUCUCGCCUACUUUGAUGAUGAAAACCUCUACAAGACGAUCCAUAAGGCUGCCCUUUCCCGAUUCAUGCCGACAGCUGCCAAAACAGUACUUCAUGAAGUCAUGGUUGCAAAUGGAAUUUAUCCACCAAAGGAAGAAAUCGACCUUGAACAACUUCAAAUCGAGGUGUUGCCUUCGCGUGACAACCCACAACAAAUCCGUAUUGGCAACGUGAUCGAACCUGUUUUCAAGAAUGGCGAUCCCAUGUUGAUCCCUAACGUGGUCUUCCAUGAAAAUCCCGCCCAUACUGAGAUCUUGCGAGAAAUGUUGAAGGAUUAUCAGCUUGGCGAUCAUUUGUUGCUUAUUGGUAACCAGGGUGUUGGCAAGAACAAAUUGGCCGACUACUUUUUGCAGCUCUUGCAAUUGCCUCGCGAAUACAUCCAACUUCAUCGUGAUAGUACGGUUCAGAGCUUGACCACGACUCCUGCCAUCCGCGACGGUGUUUUGGUAUUUGAAGAUUCACCUCUCGUCAAGGCUGUACAAAAUGGCACAAUUCUUGUUAUCGACGAGGCUGAUAAGGCUCCUACCUAUGUCACUGCCGUGCUAAAGAGUCUUGUGGAGGAUGGCCAAAUGGUGCUAGGAGAUGGACGACGUAUCGUAUCCAAGGAAUCUGAUGUCCAAGAAGGUGAUCGCUACGUGCUUAUCCAUCCCAACUUCCGAAUGAUUGUUUUGGCAAAUCGACCAGGCUACCCCUUCCUUGGUAAUGACUUUUAUCGUGAAAUCGGUGAUGUCUUUAGCUGCCAUGCAGUGGAUAACCCUGACAAGUCAUCUGAGAUGUAUUUAUUGCGAAAAUACGGCCCUGAUGUUCCUGAAGAGAUGUUGGAAAAGCUUUCGAGUGCCUUCACUGAUCUUCGUAAGCUAGUGGAUGAGGGUCUCAUUUCCUAUCCUUAUUCAACACGUGAGCUCGUCAAUAUUGUUCUUCACUUACAGACGUAUCCUGGAGAAGGCAUCUCUAAGAUCAUGCAGAACGUGUUCGACUUUGAUCAAUACGACCAAGCAUCCAAAGAGCUCCUGAUCGAGAUUUUCGAGAAACAUGGUAUUCCAGUGGGUUUGGAAUCAGAUUUUUCAAUGAGCCUUGGUGACAUUGUUGAACUUGGUGAACCUCUUUUGUGUGAACAAUGGAAGCGAGUGCCACAAGCAAGCAAGAAGGAUGUCAAGGUGGAAAAAUCCAGCAUGGCUGUUCGAGGUGGAUGGGACCUCGAAACAGGAAAGAAGGUGAAGCAGCUUGAACGCCGUGAAGGUCGAUCUACCGUGUUUUCCGAGCAACUCUACAACUUUACAGUCCCAACGCGGGGUGAAGCCUUGGAUGUUGCUGCACUUGAUGAUGGCUCACUUUUCAUGGUCACCACCAAUCCUGUUACCCUUCACUAUGUGGAACCUCGCCAUCAGCGUGUCGAUAGCCUUGAUCUUUAUGAAUACUUCCCACUUCAACGAGCUCCUCCUCGUUUGCGCCUUGCUGUUAUCCGCGUCAAGGGUAUGGUCAAGUAUCUCGCAUUGCAUAACCCAUCCAACAACGAGCUCCUCUGCUGCGACUUUAAUGGCAAAAAGAUCAUGUCGGUGGUGCUUCGAGGUAUGGAACCGAUCAAGUCUAUCAUGUGCAAUGAAUUGGCAGCCUUUGGUAUCCUUGUGUUCUACCAAGAGGAUCAGAGUGCUUUGGCUGUAUUAGACUUCAAUACAUCCCAGCAGUAUACCCUGAAUUUGCCCAUCCGCAUCAAACAAAUUCUUGUCGUGGAACCAAACUUUUGGCUUGCAAAGGGAAGUCGUGAUGCUGCCACCUAUGCAGUGUACUCUGAAGAUGCCUCUGCUAUCCCAACCAUCAUGGAACCAAUCCAGGCCCUCGGUCAAAAUGGCCAAUACGUGAGCGACUUGGUGAAUAUCUUUUGGAAUGAGUUUGCCCCUGGUGCCAAAUUUGCUCAAAACGUCCGCGCUGACAAGUUUGCAAGCAUGUUACAUGGUUGCUCGUUUGAGAAUUUCUUGACCAAGACUGGAACGAUUGAUGUGUAUGCAUACAUGAAGCAAGGCAACGUUGAAGAAGCACCUGCAAGAAUUAAGGGAUGUGCUUUGGCUUUGACUCGCUCCAAACAAAUGGCUGUCAUUCAACCACCUGCUGAUGGAAGACCUGAAGGCUUCUUGGAUAUUGUCAACCCUGCAAGAAAUCAAGCUUGGCGUAUCAAGAUACCCUUGGCCGAUAUGGGCAAUAUUGAGAGCGAGUAUCCCAGCUUUGCAAGAUUCCAAGUCGAACGCCAUGUUGCAUCCAUGUGCGAGCUACCAAAUGGAAACCUACUUACUAUGGAUGCCUCUGGGGUUGUGCGUGUUUGGCAAGUGGAGUCGAUGGAGCUUUACAAGGCAGCUCAGACUUGGAAACAAAUGGUUGGAGUUGACCAAAAGGCGCUUUCAGUCAUUUACGAAACCGACAAGCCUGAGAACGAAGACAUGCAAGGAAAUCAACAAGUUGUCGGUGAAGCCUCCGCUCCUGGUGAAAGUAACGGCAAAGGCCAAGGAAAUGGUCAAGGCCAAGGCCAAGGAUCAGGUCAAGGUUCUGGAGGUGGUGAAGGAUCGGGUGAUGGCACCUCAAGUGGAUCCCAAGGCGAAGGAUCAGGUGGUGGUGGAGCGAGCUCUGGAGCCAACAUGAAUGAAGGUGGACGUGAUGAAGCUACUUUUGAGGAUAUCAACAACCUUAAACUGCGUACCGCAAGCGAUCAACCCCAAGAGGUCUCAGAAGCUCAAAAGGAGAUGCAUGAACAAGCCAUGGAGAAGAUGUUGACCAAGUUGGAUAUGACGCAAGGUGAUUACACGGUCUUCCAAAAAUACAUGGACAAUGUACGUCGCGAGGUGCGUGAAUUGCGCGUCAUUCUUGAAAGCGUAGAAGCCAAAAACAAAGAACGAGUAUGGCUCAAGAAUCAAGCCUCUGGUGAUUUGGAUGAUACCAAGAUCAUUGAAGGUUUGACUGGUGAACGUGCAAUUUAUCGCAAGCGUGGUGAAGAUGACCCUGAAAUUGGUUUGUUUCAAGAAAAGCCAAAACGUAUGAACUUUGUUUUUGAUUUAUCUGCAAGCAUGUUCCGCUUCAAUACACAUGAUCGCCGUUUGGAACGCUCCUUGGAAGUAGCCCUUAUGUUGAUGGAAGCUUUCAGAGGAUUCGAGCAAAAGUUUGCCUACAGCAUCAUUGGCCACAGUGGCGAUGGUGCCAAUAUUGAGUUUGUGACUCCAGGAAAACACCCCAAAACGGAGAAGGAGGAAUUUGAGAUUAUCAACAAGAUGCGUGCUCAUUCACAAUACUGCCUAAGUGGAGACAAUACCCUUGGUGCAGUAUCACAUUCAGUUAAAGAAAUCGUCAAGGAAGAAGGUGAUGACUACUUUGUGGUGGUCAUGUCGGAUGCCAAUAUCACUCAAUACAAUAUCCACCCCAAUGAUAUCGCCAGAGUUUUGAAGUCUGAUGACCGAGUUACUGCGCAAAUGAUUUUUAUCGGUUCGUUGCAAGGCCAGGCUGAGCAAUUACAAAAGGCGCUCGGUAGCCAAGCUACUAUCUGUUCCGAAAAUAAGGAUCUUCCCAAGAUUAUGAAAGCGUUAUUCUUAGCUUCGAUGGUCAAAUAG